AGCAACCAACUAAAGAUUUUUUGAGUUCAUAAAAAUCAAAUGGCUGAAAUUGAAAAUAGGAGUGGAGGAGAUGGAAGGUGGUCACUUAAGGGCAUGAAUGCCCUAGUAACCGGCGGCACCCGAGGUAUAGGAUAUGCUAUAGUAGAAGAAUUGGCAAGUUUUGGAGCAAGCGUUUAUACAUGUUCACGUAACCAGGAGGAUCUGGACAAAUGCUUCCAGGAAUGGAAGAGCAAGGGAUACAAAGUAAGCAGUUCAGUAUGUGACUUGUCAUCCAGACCUCAAAGGCAAGAGCUAAUGGAGAAAGUUGGAGAUUAUUUUAAUGGGAAGCUUCACAUUCUUGUGAACAAUGCUGCAAUAUCUAUUCCAAAUAACACUAUUGAUGUGAGUGAUGAGGAUUACUCAGUGACUAUGAGUACCAAUUUUGAGGCACCCUACCACCUUUCUCAACUUUCACACCCUCUCCUAAAGGCAACUGGACAUGGAAGCAUUGUGUUUAUCUCUUCUGUUGCUGGGCUCUUGGGAGUACCUUAUUUUUCUCUCUACUCCGGGUCCAAAGGAGCAAUAAAUCAAGUUACAAGGAGUCUGGCAUGCGAGUGGGCAAAAGAUGAUAUUCGUGUUAAUGCUGUGGCUCCCUGGAUUGUUGAGACCCGCCUUAAGGAUGAAGCAGUGAAAGUUUAUGAAGCAGGAGAGGUAGAGGGUGUAAUCAAAAGAACUCCAAUUAGUAGGCAGGGAAAGCCUAAUGAAAUCUCAUCAGUGGUUGCAUUCCUGUGUUUACCAGCUGCUUCUUGGCUCACUGGCCAAGAGGACUUGGAUAAAUGUAUCCAAGAAUGGAGGAGCAAGGGUUACAAGGUGACAGGGUCGGUCUGUGAUUGUUCAUCUACACUUCAAUGCCAGCAGCUAAUGGAGAAAGUUGCAGAUUAUUUUAAUGGGAAACUCCACAUUCUUGUGAACAAUGCUGGAACAUCUAUUCCAAAGAAAGCUAUUGAUUCUACUACUGAGGAUUACUCAGUGAUAAUGAGUACCAAUGUUGAGGGACCCUACCACCUCUGUCAACUUUCACACCCUCUUCUAAAGGCAACUGGAAAUGGAAGCAUAGUGUUUAUCUCUUCUGUUGCUGGGCAAUUUGGAGUGCCUAUGUUUUCUCUCUACUCUGGAUCCAAAGGAGCAAUAAAUCAGUUGACAAAGAGUUUGGCGUGUGAGUGGGCUGAAGACGGUAUUCGUGUUAAUGGUGUGGCUCCGUGGUACGUUGAGACUCCACUUUAUCAAGAACACUCUAUGGAGCCAUCUUAUAAAGCAGUAGCAGAGAUCGCAUUACAAAGAACUCCAAUAAGCAGGGAAGGAAAGCCUAAUGAAAUCUCAUCAGUUGUUGCCUUCUUGUGUUUACCAGCUGCUUCUUGGCUCACUGGACAAAUUAUCACUGUGGAUGGGGGCAAAACUGCCUAUGCCUUUUACGGAAUGGAUGCGGAUUCUCCCCAAAUCUGUUCCAAUCUACUCUGCGCUCACUCCUACUGGCAUACUCCCUCCAUACUAAUUAUAUGGUUAGUUCAUAAAAAUCAAAUGGCUGAAAUUGAAAAUAGGAGUGGAGGAGAUGGAAGGUGGUCACUUAAGGGCAUGAAUGCCCUAGUAACCGGCGGCACCCGAGGUAUAGGAUAUGCUAUAGUAGAGGAAUUGGCAAGUUUUGGGGCGACCGUUUAUACGUGUUCUCGUAAACAGGAGGAUCUGGACAAAUGCUUCCAGGAAUGGAAAAGUAAGGGAUACAAAGUGAGCGGUUCAGUAUGUGACUUGUCAUCCAAACCUCAAAGGCAAGAGCUAAUGGAGAAAGUUGGAGAUUAUUUUAAUGGGGAGCUUCACAUUCUUGUGAACAAUGCUGCAACAUCUAUUCCAAAGAAAACUACUGAUGUGAGUGAUGAGGAUUACUCAGUGACUAUGAGUACCAAUUUUGAGGCACCCUACCAUCUUUCUCAACUUUCACACCCUCUCCUAAAGGCAACUGGAAAUGGAAGCAUUGUGUUUAUCUCUUCUACUGCUGGGCUCUUGGCAUCACCUUAUCUUUCUCUCUACUCCGGAUCCAAAGGAGCAAUAAAUCAAGUUACAAGGAGCCUAGCAUGCGAGUGGGCAAAAGAUGAUAUUCGUGUUAAUGCUGUGGCUCCCUGGUUUAUUGAGACCCCACUAAAGGAUGAAGUAGUGAAAUUUUAUCAACCAGGAGAGGUAGAGGGUGCAAUCAAAAGAACUCCAAUUAGUAGGCAAGGAAAGCCUAAUGAAAUCUCAUCAGUGGUUGCAUUCCUGUGUUUACCAGCUGCUUCUUGGCUCACUGGCCAAGUCAUCUGUGUGGAUGGGGGCAUAACUGCCACCAGCUUCUGA